GUAGGUACUUUUGCCUCUGGUUGGGUCUGUUUAUCCUGUAAAUUUGGGUUCUGAGUCAAGGUGACUAACCCUGAACACCCGAAGGUACGUGCUGUCUUCGUCGCACCCAGUGGGGGCAGGGCCCCGCACCGCCUCUCCAGGCCAAUGACAGCAGCCGCGCCCAAGGCCCCGACACAGGGUGGCGUGACCUUUGAGGACAUUGCCGUGUACUUCUCCUGGAAGGAGUGGAGACUUCUGGAUGAGGCUCAGAGACGGCUGUACCACCAUGUGAUGCUGGAGAACUUUACACUUAUAUCCUCACUGGGUUGCUGCUGUGGAGCAAAGGCUGCAGAGGCACCCAUUGAACAGAGUGCUUCUGGAGGCAUGUCACAGACCAGGACACCCAGGGCAACUCUGUCUUCCUGGAUGACCCACCCCUGUGAGAUGUGUGGUGCAGUCUUGAGAGACAUUUUCCACUUGGCUGAGCAUCAGGGAAAAGAAAGGAGUCAGAAACUGUUGAGGUGCAGGGCAUGCGGGAAACAAUUUUAUUUCAGUAUAAAGUUUCAACAACAGGAACAUCACGUGAAACAAAAACCAUUCAUAAACAUGGACACAGUAUCUUUUGUAAAGAGCUGGGGAAUCCAUGAUUCUGGGAAGUCCUUUGCCUGUGUGGAGGUUCAGAAGGACUUCCUGUCUGGCUUAGGGCAUCUACAGCAAGAGGCCACUGAGUGGGGAGAAGUCAAACACAAUUACACAGUGCAGGACAUCUUUACAAAGCAGAAAAAGUCAUUAUCCUUGGGGAGAAUGCAAGAAUGCCUUCGGUUACAAACAUUCACAUAUUCAGGACCAGAGUGUCCACCUUGGAAGACAGUACUUUAUGUGCAGUGACUGUGGGAAAAUGUUCAGGUACACAUCCUUAUUUGUGAUACACCAGAGAUUUCAUAUAAUAGGAAAAGAACAUUAUGAAUUUGAAAAAUAUGGAAAAUCCCUUUGGCAAAUGUCAACCCAUAGUCAACAUGAAGAUAUUCACAGUGGAUCCAAGCAGUACACAUGCAGCAAAUGUGGGAAAUCCUUAAACCGCAAAUUUGUCAUUUAUCCCCAGAAAUGGCACAAUGGGGUGAAGAGUAAUGAUUGCAUUACAUGUGCAAAAUCUUUAAUCCAUAGAUCAGGUUUUAUUACUUACAGGGUUCAGCCUAGAGAAAGGUUUUAUAAGUGUAGUGGCUCCACAAAAUAUUUUACAUUUAUGUAAAAUUAUCAGAGAUCUCCAUUAUCAUCAGAGAUCUCACACAGGGAGAAGACUUUAUGAGUGCAGUGAAUGUGGGAAAUCUUUUACCACUAAUUCUGUCCUCCAUGCUCAUGGGAGAGUUCACACUGGAGAAAGGCCUUAUGAGUGCAGUGAAUGUGACAAGUCCUUUCUGCGAAAAUAUAGCCUCAAAGUACAUAUAAAUGUUCAUUCAGGUGAAAAGCCUUGUAAGUGUAAUGAACGUGGGAAAUCUUUUAAGUGGAAGUCAACACUGAUUAAACACCAUAGAAUUCACACAGGAGAAAGGCCUAAUGAGUGCAGUGAAUGUAGGAAAUCUCUUAUCUAUAGCACUCACCUUCAUUAUCACAGAAUUCACAUUGGAGAAAGGCCUUAUGAGUGCAAUGAAUGUGGCAAGUCCUUUAUCUGAUGAAAUAUCCACAGGUACACAAAAAAAUUCACUCAGAUGAAAGCCUUUAUAAGUGAAAUGAUUGUGGGAAGUCUGUGAAAUGUAAGUCAACAUUGAUUAAAUACCAGAGAAUUCACACUGGAGAAAGGCCUUAUGAGUAUAAUGAAUGUGGGAAGUCUUUUACUACUAAUUUGGCCCUCUGUUAUCACCAUAGAGUUCACACUGGAGAGAGACCUUAUAAGUGCAGUGAAUGUGGCAAGUCCUUUGUCAGAAAAAAUAGCCUGAGUGUAUGCCUAAAGGUUCACUCAGGUGAAAAGCCUUAUAAGUGUAAUGAAUGUGGGAAAUCGUGGAGGUGUAAAUCAACAUUCAUUCAACACCAGAGAAUUCACACAGGAGAGAGGCCUUAUGAGUGCAGUGAAUGUGGGAAAUCCUUUACCAGUAGAUCUGCCCUUCAUUCUCACCAGAGAGUUCACACUGGUGAAUGGCAUUAUGAAUGCACUGAUUGUGGGAAAUCUUUUACUACUACUUCUGACCUUCAUUCUCACAAGAGAGUUCACAAUAGUGAAAGGCCUUAUUUGUGCACUGAAUGUGGCAAGUCCUUUAUCCAAAGAAACACUCUCAAUGUACACGUGAAGGUUUAUGCCAGUGAAAGUCUUUAUAAAUGUAAUGAAUAUGGCACAUCUUUGAACUAUAAGUCAACAUUGAUCCAACUCCAGAGAAUUCACACAGGAGAAAAGCCUUAUCUGUGCAGUGAAUGUAGGAAGUCUUUUAGUUAUAGCCGUACCCUCCUAUAUCAUUGUCAGAGUCACCUUGCAAUAAGCCCUUAUGAUUGGAGUGAAUGUGGGAAAUCUUUUACUUGUAGUUCUUCUCUCUAUGAUCACAAGUGAGUUCACACUGGAGAAAGGCCUUACAGAUGACAAGAAUGUGGGAAGUCUUUCACUGCUCGUUCCCUCCUCCAUUCUCACCAGAGACUUAACACUGGAAAAAGGCCUUAUGAGUGCAGUGAAUGUGUCAGGACCUUCCAAAGAAAUAUCCUCAAUGUACACAUAAAGGUUCAUUUGGGUGAAAAGCCUUAUUAAGUGUAAUGAAUGUGGGAAAUUGUUGAAGUAUAAGUCGACAUUCGUUCAACACCAGAGAAUUCACACAGGAGAGAGGCCUUAUGGUUGCAGUGAGGGAAAUCUUUUAUUAGUUACAGUGCUCUUAGUUAUCAUCACAGAGUUCACAAUGGAGAGAGACCUUAGGAAUCCUGAAGAUGUGGGAAAACUUUCAGCUAAAUUUCUUUUUUUUUUUUUUAAGGAUUUUAUUUAUUUAUUCAUGACAGACGCAGAGAGAGAGAGGCAGAGACACAGGCAGAGGGAGAAGCAGGCUCCAUGUAGGGAGCCCGAUGUGGGACUUGAUCCUGGGACUCAAGGAUCACGCCCUGGGCUGAAGGCAGGCACUAAACCACUGAGUCACCCGGGGAUCCCCUUCAGCUAAAUUUCUAAUCUCAUUCAACUUGAGAAAGUACACAGUAGAUAAAGUUCUUAAUAGGUGAUAAUAUGAACUGAAUGGUUAUGUUCACUAAUGGUGACAUGUCGAAUCCCUGUCCUCUAAUGCAGUAGGAGUAGCAGGUUCUGUCUUUUGAAGGUAAUAUUUAUUAGAAUGGGUCAUGUGUGUAGAUCCCUAAUGAAUGGUAUUGAUGUUUUAUAAGAAUCUGAGAUCGCUAGCUUCCCCUACCAAUCAUGUGAGGACCCUUUGAGAAGAUCUCCAAUCAAUCAGGAAGCUGGUCCUUGCCAGACACAAAACCAGACCAUAUGGGGAAUGUUAUGUGAGGUACCCAGCUUCCAGAACUGAGAAAUAAAUAAAUGUUGCUUACAAGCCACCCAGUUUAUCAUAUUUUGUUAGAGCAGCCUGCGCUCAGACAAACAUGAAGAAUAUGGGUAAUUCUUCGGGCAAAGAUACUGUUUCAGAGAAAUCAGAAUACACUCUGGAGCAAGGCCACAUGAUUAAGGUGAAGGACACCAUUCCUUUCACCAAACUUCUGUCUUUAUUCCACAUCUGAGAGUUCACACUACAGAAAGGCUUUAAAAUGGCAGGGAAGAUGAUAUUUCCUUCCCUAGUAUAUGAUGCUGAGAACCUUUAUGAGGCAGCCAUCUUCCCAAUUUGAGCUUUGUUCACCUGAAUGUCCACAAUGGAAUGACUUCCUUAGGUUCCAGGUAUUUGAGAAAAAUUUGGAAGUUGUACUCUGUGAUCUGAUGUAUUCAAAGUCCUUGCUGGAAGUCACUGCCAGAUCCUGUGGCAGACGUCCUUUCACCUCAGCCACCUUGAUGGUCCCAAUAGUGAACUUCUGUCACCACCCAUAUGCUCAACACCAUAUGCAUUAUCCAUUAGUGAUGCUGACCUUUGCUUUGUCAUUAGCUGAUGGCAAUUAUGGGUGUUUAGAACUCCUUAUUCCCUGCUAUGUUAGGGCAUGGAUGUGAGCCAGUGUUGACCCUCAGUACCUCAUCAAUAUUCUGGGUGGUGUUUUGCCGAGAAUGAGUAAAUCUGGUAGGGGCAUUGUUGGUCUCCUGAGGAUUGUGAUAAAUCUUUGUGGCUUCCAAGUCAGCAACAGAGGAAUUAGGUGCUAAGUGUUGCUCUCCUUUAGGUAUUGCUGUCUUUUUGAUUGAAUUACCAUGAAUCUUAGGUAUCAGAUUCACGCUAAGGGGUGGUUUGAAAUUAGAAUUGGGCUCUGCCAGCACAUAGGAGAUUCAUUGUCUCCCAAAUUUACUGUAUCUCCGAACGGAUGAUUGCAAAUAAAUAAUACAUAUGUACGUCAGUUCUACUCUUCAGCUUGGGCCUCAAUUUGUAUUGAAACUCAAGACCUUUGUUAUGGGCUGAAUUCUGUACCUAAAAUUCACAUGUUAAAGUUGUAACCCCCAGUACCUCACAAUAUGGCUUUAGUUAGACAGAGACUCUUUUAAGGAGAUGGUGAAGUUGAUGGGUUAUUAGGAUGGACUCUUAUGAGAUAUGACUGGCUUUGUGAUAAGUGGAGAUGAGGUUACAGGCACACACAGCUGACCAUGUGAAGAUAGGAAGCCUCUCUAUAAGCCAAGGAGUGGAGUCUCAAGGAGCUAACCUUACUGACACCUUAUAUCCGAUUUCUAGACUCCAGAUUUGUGGAAAAAUAAGUUUCUCUUAUUUUCCCAGUGUGCAGUACUGUAUUAUAACACUUCUAGGAAAUACAGCCUCUUAGGAUCCACAUCUGGGUUUUAUAUUCUGGAUGCCAGGAAGUUUUGAGUGCUCACAGGUCACCCUGAAGAGGGAGCAGCUGAGACCAUCUCCAGUGCUUGUGGAGACCAUGUGAAUAUUUUGCUUGUCUACAGCUGAUAGCACAGUGCCUUCCACUGUUGAGUGGAACUCUACCUCAGAUCCUUCAGAGGAGUUAUGUGACCUGAUGUACAGUAUUCACCUGUGACAUCACAGGGGAAGGGGAACUGUAAGUGGUCAUCUAGAUGACUACGUAAUUAGGUAAUUAGAGGAGAUAUCAGGCCCCUAGUGGAGUACAUUUGGUGUCAAAGUGUAUCCACAGAUGUAGUGAGUAGCUGGGCAGGAUCAGUGUGCACAGAAAUUCAUCACUUCAGACACAGGUAUCCUGUGUAACAGAUCAUUGUCAUAAAAUAAUCCAAAAGUCUCUGAAUUCUCCUAUUUUCUGGGGUGCUUAACGUGUCCAGGCCAUUGUGGUGCAGGCAGGAAAAAGCUAAAGACCAGGGAGAACGCAUAGUCCAGGGAAGUAGCUUUUGUGACCCAAUGGAGGGGAGGGGGGACAUCUUCCUUCCAGGUACACCCUAGCAUCUACAGCAGAAAAAGGAAAUGUAAAAAAAAAAAAAAGAAAGAAAAAGAAAAAGGAAAUGUUACUGGAGGUGGUGCAGAGGCCUACUCUUGCUUGGUCAAGAUAAUCAGUCCCGAUGUCCAUAAACGAUUUCUCCAAGGUGGACUUCUCAGCAUUUUUCUCUGGUCUGAGAGCUUGGAGGUGGUUUUGCAAAGAUGUCCUUUCAGUCAACACCCUUUUCUUCUUUGGACAUAUACCAGUAUUGAUCUCUUCAUGUGUUUGAAACAUUUGGGUUAUUUCCAGGAUUUGGGUUAUUUUCCGCUUUUGACUUUCACAAACCCCUCUAUAUAUUUUCAUUAGAUUUCCUUAUGCAGGGCACGUUGGUGGCUCAGUUGGUUAAGUGCUUGCCUUUGGCUCAGGUCAUGAAUCCAUGGUUCUGGGAUGGAGACCCUAUCAGGCUCCCCGCUCAGCAGGGAGUCUGCUACUUCCUUUCCCUCUGCCCCUUACCCUACUUGUUUUGUCUCUUGCUCUCUUUCAAAUAGAUAGGGCAGCCCGGUGGCUCAGCGGUUUAGCACUGCCUUCAGCCCAGUGUGUGGUCCUGGAGACCCGGGAUCAAGUCCCAUAUCUGACUCCCUGUGUGGAGCCUGCUUCUCCCUUUGCCUGUGUCUCUGCUUCUCUCUCUCUCAGUGCCUCUCAUGAAUAAAUAAAAUCUUUUUAAAAUUCCAUAUGCAAAUAGAGUCUUCAUUUCUCUUCUGUUAAAACUCAGAGUGUGGGGAUCCCUGGGUGGCGCAGCGGUUUGGCGCCUGC